AUGGUCAAGAAGCGCGCAUCCAAUGGACGUAACAAGAAGGGCCGCGGCCACGUCAAGCCGAUCCGUUGCUCGAACUGCUCUCGAUGCACUCCCAAGGACAAGGCGAUAAAGAGAUUCACUAUCAGAAACAUGGUCGAAUCAGCGGCUAUUCGUGAUAUCUCAGACGCAUCCGUAUUCCCCGAAUACACCGUUCCCAAGAUGUACCUCAAGUUGCAGUACUGCGUCUCUUGCGCCAUUCACGGCAAGAUUGUUCGUGUCCGUUCCCGCGAAGGCCGCCGUAACAGAGCGCCACCCCCACGUGUCCGCUACAACAAGGAUGGAAAGAAGGUCAACCCCAACCAGGCCGCCGCGAAGACCACUCAGGCAUAAAGGAUUGUUCGGAAUGG